AUGUGGGCUACCACCACCAGAGUCGUCUCGUCGACGACCUUUCUGGCCUCGAUAAUCUUCACCAUCCCCCUCGCCUUCGACAUUGGCGGCCGCACCUGUGGCCUGGCCUUUUCGCUCUCGCUCAGCGCAUACUACUUUGCCUACUCCAUCCUCCGCCUGGCCACGCCCGCCUCGUCACGCUUCCGCUGGUUCCUGUGCAACGUCGUCGCCUGGGCGCAAUGGCUGGCAAUACCCACGCUGCUCAUCUGGUGCCUCAACAAGUUCUCCAUUGACGCCACAAACAACUCGGGCUGGGUCGAACGCACCUUUGGCGGCAAGCGAGCCGACUUUGACAGCGUCCACGAGUGGAUUUUUGGAACCGACGGCCUGCUGCAGAGCGUCUCCAUUGGCGCCUGGGACAAGACGCUGAGGUACAGCACCCCCGUCUUCCAGGUAGCCGAGGGCUUCUGCAGCCUCUUGGUCAUUCAGGCCGCCGGCCAAAUCACCAGGUGGCUUGUGAACCGGGAGCGCGGCGACAGCUGGAUGAUUGGCCUGCUCAUCACCUCGGCCUCCAUCAUCUCCACGUCCGUCUACUUUCUCUGGCGCAUCACCACCUUUCCCGAGAUUAACAACGUCGACGCCAUUCUCAUUGGUGUCGCCAUAACCACGGCCAUUUUUCUCGGUGGAUGGGGCAUUGUCAGUGCACGAGGCAAUCCGGUCGAAUCUUCUCUUUUGUUUGCCUAUGUCACUCUGUGCAUCUACCAAAUCUUCACCGACUACCAGCCUUCUCCAGGCUCUCUGGCCGAGUCCAAUGCUUCCUCAGAACCUGCUCUACCCCCACUACCCCCCAUCAUCAUGGCUUCGUACACGACACUUCUCCACGCUCUCGGCUCUCUGCCCACCAUUGCCCAUACCGGCUUCAACCUCAUGGUUGGUGCCAUUAUGACCAUUACACCCUCGGUCAUCAUCUCCCUAGCCUACCGUGUCUUUGUCAUGUAUGCUGCCGCUCGCAUCAUACCAGCCAUAAGAGAAAGCGGUGCUCGAGCACUCUCGCAAGAACCGAGUUUGGACGAUGACGACGAGACAUCCAAGAUUCUGGGAUUCUUGACUUGGUUUAGCCCAAGCAUCAUCAUUGCCGUCUACACCAGUCUUCUAAUGCAGCACUUUGCCAGCGGUAAUGGUGGUGAUGGAAGUGCCGCGACUGGCGAGUGGUGGACCAACCAGGGCGGGGAUGCUGGGGGCAACUUUUGGAGAUGGAUCAACCUUGGCAUUACCAUGGGCCUUUAUGCCAUUGAACUCAAGAUUUCAAAUAUUGAUGACGAUGGCCGGUUAACCAGCCAUUGGAAGACGGACUAAUCAUGCAGUGGACAGGUCCAAGUUACAUUGUUUGAGUUGACUUGAAGGAACUGGGAGGCUGGGUGGGGUAGGGAGCAUGGAGGAUUGAAAGAAGAAGGAGGAGAAGAAGUAAUCCAUGAAAGGCGUAUGUAAAAGGAGGGUGGUUCAUUUGGAAC